CGUUUAUCAAGUUAUCAACCUCCAAUGGCCGACAACAACCACCGUCGAGAAGAAGAAGCCGACGAGUCAGAACUCUACUCCGGCUGGGCCGAUUUGACUCACGAGUGCCUCCUCAACAUCCUUACCCGCCUCACUGUCGAGGAUCGAUGGCGAGGCAUCAUGCUUGUCUGCAAGUCAUGGCUUCAGGCUUCCAAGGAUCCUUCUCUUCACUCCGUCUUCGACCUCGAAUCUUCUUUCGAAUCAUCUUUCGAAUCGCGCCCACGUGAAUCGUUUCGCUGGUGGACUCCUCAAUUCGAGAGAAAAAUCGAUAAUAUGCUCCGAUCUGUUGUGAAUUGGAGCGAUGGAGGCCUUACUAAAAUCAGGGUUAGACACUGUUCCGAUCGCUCACUUUCUCUCGUUGCUCAAAGGUGCCCUAACCUUGAAGUACUAUCGAUCAAGAGCUGCCCAAAUGUUACAGAUGAAUCCAUGGUAAAAAUAGCAUCCGAGUGCCCAAAACUUCAAGAACUCAACAUAAGCUUUUGCUAUGAAAUCUCUCACAAAUCUCUACUCACACUGGGAAGAAAAUGCACCAAUCUCAAAAUCCUAAAACGUAACUUCAUGAAUGAUUUGGACCCUUCACGACACUUAGGAAUCGUACCCAGUGACUAUCUAAACGCCUGCCCUCAAGAUGGUGAUUCAGAAGCUGCUGCAAUUGGAACCCUAAUGCCUCAAUUACUUCACCUUGAACUUCAAUUCUCCAAGCUAACAGCUAAAGGCCUUGCUUUGAUUUCUAAAGGGUGUCAAAACCUUGAGUAUAUUGAUCUAUCAGGAUGUGUCAAUGUAACUAGCCGAGAUAUUGCAAAUUCUACUUCGAAUUUGACCAAAUUGAAGACUGUUAAGAAGCCUAAUUUCUAUAUUCCAAGGUCAGCUUUUCAGGGUGAAAGAUAUGGUCAUUGGAGUUUGUAUGAUGAAAGAUUCCAAACGGAUGCUUUUCGUAUUUGAUCUUAAAUGCAAAAAAUAACAAGGUUCUUUUAUUGGAGUUUGUAAUGUAAUUGAUGUUGUCAUAUAGAUUGUUGUAUCAUGAUUCAAGAACAU